ACGGAAUAACGUUUGAAAUUGAACUAAAUGGGAUACCGAAAAAGCUCUAUAAAGUGUUCGGGCACGAACAAGCCGCAUACAUCAAUGCGUCACCUUGCAGGCGACCGGUCCCCAGGGGAAGCAAUUCCUGCUGGGUCGCGUGACCUGCGAGGGCGCCUACCCGUGGUUCGUCGAGCAGCGCCAUACAGGCUCGGGCGACCCCCAGCAGAUUGCCGCCCUGCUACUGGGCCACAAGGAGUCCCGGCGCUGGAAGAACGAAUCGGGCGUCCGGCGAGGUCGCAUGCAGCUCGAGCGCUGGCAGCAAGCCGCGGGUAUCAGGCUGAGCCCGGUCUCCGGACCCAGACUCUACCAGGAGGCCGUUGGGGACGUCCUGGAAGUGUGCCCAAUGUCCGAGCUCGCCGAACAGCUGUACGCUUGGCACAACCGGGUGUACGUGUAUGUGCUCGGCUACCGCCCCAGUUACUCCAGCUGGCUCAGCGAGACCGCAGCCGUCCACUUCGAAGACAUGGAACUCGUGUUCGGCAUGCCGCUGAGGCCCGACGUGGUGUCCAGCGAUCUGGACAAGGCCUGGUCACGGACCAUGAUCCAAGUGUGGGCCACGUUCGCGCGCACCGGCAAACCGCCUGCUGUGAACAAUUUGAGCUGGCCCAGGUACGACUCCACCAUGCACACCAUAAUGAAGCUGGGUCCCCACAUCAUCACCGAGCAAGGCGAAACGAAGCGGAAACGCUGCAACCUUUUGCGAGACACCAGUUUGCCACACUGAGCGACUUCACACUCAAGGCUCCCCUUUACUACAUGCUGUUAACAUUUUUUUAUCACUUAUCUGCAGUGAAAUCGUACUUGCCUCACAAGCUAGCCACUUAAAUUCUUUAAAACGUUCUGAAUAUUUGGACGCACAAGAAUUGUCGAAUGGAAGUAAUGUAUUUAAAGAAUUAUUUUAACGAAAGAUACGCAAGUAACGUAAUUUACCAUUCGAUAGACAUUGCCCCAACUAGUUCUA